AUGCCGCCAAACAAGUGGCCGCAUGUCAACUGCCUGACCAUGAGUGGGGAUAAGAGCGUAGUGAUGCGUUUCCACAACAGGAAGACUACCAGUAUUCCCCUUUACACUGUCUCAGCAUUCCCCUUAAGGAAGGUAGACAGCUACUACGCCGCACGCAAGACGAGCGAGCGGAACAAGCGCCGGAGUUACAAAUUCGUAACGGAAAGUUACGUGGAGGCGUCAUCGCUGGAAACGGCGUCUCUUCUUCGUAGACAUGCUACGUUCGUCGUGGUGCGCGGCCGCUGCUACCGUAGCCAAAAGAAGUCCGGCAGGCCGUACGGCGUCACGGCGACGUUUUCGGAGGACGGCAGCGUCUGGGCAUCCAGCUGCGAGUGUGCCGCAAAGGAGGGGCUGUGCAAUCAUGCGUUGGCCCUGCUGAGGCUCGUCGUACUGCUCAAGAAGCAGGGUUACGAGGAGCCACCCCCCGAGGUGGCUUGUACCGAGCUCCCCCAGCAGUGGCGGCGUCCCCGUGGGUCUCAAAUCCCAGCUACUAGCGUCGCCGAGGUUGACUGGAGAGCUGUGCGGGACGGGGGGUCUUCGAAGCCGAGGGGCUCGAGGCUCUACGACGCAAGAAAACGCCCAAGGGACCUGUCAGAAAUGCAGGAUGCCAUCCAUCGUCUGGGCAGUGACCUCUGUGCCCUGGGAGAUUCGCCCUUUGCGAAGCACUUGAGGACCGUCCAGAUCCUGGGUACAGAGUCCAAGUUUGGUAUGGUACCUGUCAGGAGUCCUCUCUCAUACCAACAACCCACGAGUCCCCACGGGUUCGCAACUUACACGAGCCCCAACAUUGCCCUUCGUAGCAGAGACGUGUCCAACAGUUCACCUUGUUGGCCAGUGCUCUUCUCAUCGGCAAGCACCUAUGAGCCUGCAACACAGAGCCUCAGUGAUGCUGAGACCUCGCUUCUCCAGGAACUUGUCCUUACACCAGCGGGGGCACGUCGGCUAGAGAAGAACAGUCGACAGCAGGCCAAGAGUGCAACGUGGAGGGCUGCACGCAAGGACCGCCUCACAGCAUCGUCCUUCGGGGUUGUCCUGAUGAGGGAGUCAUGGACCGCCAUAGGGUUGCGCAACCUGGUGCAAGUUCGUGAUCUGUCCCGUGUCAGAGCUAUCCAGCAUGGCAUCAAGCACGAGCCACAAGCAGUGCAGCACUAUAGGCGGGCUCUGCAUUCCCUUGGGCAUGACGUCGAGAUCUCUGCCUGUGGCCUCCUGGUGGACCCUGCCUGCCCUUGGUUGGGGGCCUCCCCCGAUAGGCUCGUGUAUGACCCCACUGAGGCUGUCCCUCACGGUGUCGUAGAGGUGAAAUGUCCCUACACCAUUUGGGACUGUGCAGAGCCAGACUCAAAAAGCUUUUAUAUGGUGAAGGACUCUGCAGGAGUGUACAGACUGAGCCGGGACCAUCACUACUACUUUCAACUUCUGGGACAGAUGGCACUCUCCGACUCUCUCUGGGGAGAUUUUGUAGUAUAUUGCAAACACUUUUUGAUUGUAGAGAGAAUUUCGUUUUCUUUGCCAGAUUGGGUUCGAUGCAAGGAAGCGCUGGACACGUUUUAUUUUGCUACGCUGCUUCCUUACCUAGUGGAGCAGCGUAAUCGGUCGACUGUGUGAACCGACCUUUAGCAGUUACUCCCUAAAGUGGUUCAGCAAUAAGAACUGAGUAGCAUUUACCGUAGAAUACCGGGCAUCCACUCAUUCCACAUUAAGCGCCCAUUCCCAAAUUUGUAAGAUCUGAGAAAAUAUGCACAUUACAUUGAUGUGUAAAAUUGAGGACUAGACAAGCGCCUGUCCCCUAUUUUUUCGCGAUUAUCUCUAAAUUUUGAGUGGGCGCUUGCCCGGUAUUUUACGGUAGUGUUGUUUUCUGGGUGAAAUAAUGAAAACUGCUUACGGGUAGCAUUUGAGCUUGUUUUCUUUAUUUUUUUACUUUUUAUGAUUGAAGUAUGUGUGUCAAGGUUCUGGUCCUUUGAAGAUAACAUUUGGGUUGUUCAUUAUACGACACAUUAGAUAGGGUACCUUACAAAUCGUGGAGAAGAAAAACUUGUAAGCUAUGAAGUGUAUGCAUAUUCACUAAAAACCAUCGACACCUGCACGUAGCCAUCUAAACUUUUUCGUCAAAGGUGUGUUUCACAGGUCGGUUUUUUAUUGUAAAAUAACAAAGCAUAGUUCCCUUCUAGUAAAAAAUAGGGCCAAGAAACUUGCCAGGGUCUACGGCGGGUGGCGACCCAGACGACACAAGUCCAGUAGCGGGGUGUGUUUAGCGUUCGUAUUGAUAGAUGGGCGUCGGGAGCAGCGUCUGAAGGUGCAGCCGACCAGCCAAAGAUAGCAGACGACACGCAGACGAAAUCCGUUGGCAGCGAAUGCGCAGUCGUUACGCAGACGCAUUUUUUUACUUGACUUUUAGUUUUUAUUGUUUGCAUUUAUUUUUUAACCAAAUGUGCAUUUCCAAAAGAUCAUAUUCAUCUUAAUAAAGCACGGUGGUCGCGAUAAGGGGGUAGCGCCAUCUAUCAAUACGAGCGCCAAACACACCCCGCUACUGGACCCCUCUCAUCUGCAUUGCUGCCCGCCAUAGACCCUGGCAAGUUUCUUGGCCUUAUUUUUUUACAGAAAGAGAGCUACGCUUUGUAAUUUUACAAGAAAAAAACCGACCUGUGAAUUACAGCUUCGACGAAAAGUUGAGAUUGCUACGUGCAGGCGUCGAUUUUUACGGUCCAUUUUAGAUCAAGCCUAGUGACUAUAGAAGCUUUAGGAAAUUUUCAUGAGUGUUGUGCUGCUCAGGGGCCCAAUCUAUACAAUAACAAAUUUACUGUUGACCUACUUUUUAAAUUUAGUAUUUCAAUUUGUGUAAAUAAAGCAGUGUAUCACCCCGUAC